AUGUAUGAUAAGUCCAGCAGAAAGGAGGCAGGCUUUGACAGAGAACAACGAUGGUGGCCAUAUGAGAGCGUGGGCACCAAAAGCGCACCCUCAGUCGACGAGGGCAGAAAAAUGACGGACAAGUGGAGUUUGCGAGCGCCAGAAAGUUGUCCUGUUCGUGGUCAAGAGGUUUUUGCCGUCGCUGUUCCUACUACUCGGCCUAUCGGUAAUACUUGUUGCUACCGAAGUGAAGUGACUUCAAGAGUAUAUGACGCCCCUGCAGCAUGUCGAGCUGCUGCAGAUGCCGAGCGAGAAAUACAGCGCUUCUUGAUGCUACGGCUAAACGCACAGCUGAUAUCGUUCGUUUUUGGAGGUUUCACCCUGUCCCUUCUGAAUGAGUUUUCUCCUCCAGCACAGAGGCAUGCACAGUUCGGUGUGCUGACCUCUGCAUCAAUCGUUCUCGAAGCUUUACAGAUACUUAAGUUAUCUUACAAGCACUGGCACGACCGGCUGGAUUUCACGCCCUAUCUUAUUGCAGAAGAAGUAAAUCAUACUGGCCGGUAUCUAGGAAUGCCAUAA